AUGACGCUCAACAGUGUAAUACAAAGGAUGGGUAACAAAAACAAUGUGAGAGGGAAAGCUGGUAUCAGGGGUGGUGUUCAAGAGACAGCUGGUAUCAGGGGUGGUGUUCAAGAGACAGCUGAUAUCAGGGGUGGUGUUCAAGAGACAGCUGAUAUCAAGGGUGGUGUUCAAGAGACAGCUGGUAUCAGGGGUGGUGUUCAAGAGACAGCUGAUAUCAGGGGUGGUGUUCAAGAGACAGCUGAUAUCAGGGGUGGUGUUCAAGAGACAGCUGGUAUCAGGACAGCUGGUCAAGAGACAGCUGGUAUCAAGGGUGGUGUUCAAGAGACAGCUGGUAUCAGGGGUGGUGUUCAAGAGACAGCUGAUAUCAAGGGUGGUGUUCAAGAGACAGCUGGUAUCAGGGGUGGUGUUCAAGAGACAGCUGGUAUCAGGGGUGGUGUUCAAGAGACAGCUGAUAUCAGGGGUGGUGUUCAAGAGACAGCUGAUAUCAGGGGUGGUGUUCAAGAGACAGCUGAUAUCAGGGGUGGUGUUCAAGAGACAGCUGGUAUCAAGGGUGGUGUUCGAAGUACAGUUGGGUUCAGGGGUAGUGCUCAAGGGACAGCUGGUUUCAGGGCGCCAUAA